AUGGGCAACGUAUACACGCUUGAGAUGCCCCGUAAGAUGCGUAUGCAUCCUACGUUUUACGUUGGUCGUCUCCGCCCGUUCUAUCAGUACGAUGCCGUUUCGAGAUGCGAAGAACACCUUCACGGUCUAGAGCCGAGACCACCUUCGAGUGGUCCCGUUUUAACGAGCCAGUCUGGUCGACUAGUGAAGCCACCUGUUCACCUAGUUGAGCGAUGUCCCGACGAGCUGCAGCCAGCUCGUCUCGAAGAGAACGAGUCGAACGUUCGUUCUCGAGUUGCGCGAACACAAAAGCGGCACGAUCGUCCGAAGGAUCGUGCGUUAGGGAAUUGUAAUUAUCCCUUACAAGGUAAUGAAGCUCAUAACGCCGAGUCCGCUCAUGAGUCAGGUUGUCUUGCAACUGUUCCAUCACACGGUUCAGUUCCUGAACAUCAAGCUGAUCCGACCCUCGAGCCGGAUCAGGUGUUCCCGCCACCACCACAUCCUUUGGUGGACUCUGGCGGUGGUCAACGCUUUCUGGUGGAGCGUAUUUCGAACCGCCGCGAAGUAAAGACUUCCGAACGAGUUACCUCUUCCGCUGGCGUGGCUAACACCGGCCUGGGACAGCUGGGAGCCUCUUGCCCAGCUGAUUGUUGA